AUGAGUCCGCCUAGAAUUGGGGUCCUUCUUGGAUCUACUCGAAGUGCCAGACUUAACCCUGAGAUAGCUGAGUAUAUUGUAGGUACGAUCAACAAUGAGCAGUGGAAGUAUUCCUUUGAGAUCUCUGUGAUUGAUUUGCAGGCUUGGAACCUACCCAUGUUUGACGAACCUAAAAUCCCUGCAACGAUAAAACGUUCAGAGGAUUACACACAUGAAAUAACAAGAAGAUGGAGUAAAGAGAUCUCCAGUUAUGAAUCAUUUAUCAUUAUCGCUCCUCAGUAUAAUUGGGGAUACCCUGCAUGCCUAAAGAACGCAAUCGACUAUUUGUACAACGAGUGGGCAGGUAAACCAGUAAUGAUCGUUACUUAUGGAGGUCAUGGAGGUCAUAAAUGUUAUGCUCAACUCAAGCAAGUUCUGGACGGUCUUAAUAUGAAAGUUGCAGAAAAAGGAGUUUUGGUUUCGUACCCAACGAAGAACCAAAUCAUACAUGGCGUGUCGGACGAUUUCCUCUUCGAAAAGCUUCCUAAUCUUCAUGAACAAAUAAUAGAAGCAUUUGCUGAGUUUUUACCCAUGAUGCUCUGA